CUCGCUCUGACGUGACUCUUCGCUCCCUCCUGUCUCCCAGACACCGUCCUGCCUCGUUGCCAGAGAGUCACCAUGAGUUCUGAACCCGUCAAACCCGCCGUGGUGUGCGUGUUCUGCGGCUCCGUCGCCGGCACCAACCCCCGCCACAUGGAAACCGCCCGCGCCCUCGCGCACGAAUUCCACAAGAACAACGUCCGCCUCGUCUACGGCGGCGGCACAGCCGGGCUGAUGGGCGAGCUAGCACGGAGUCUCGUCCAGCUGUCCGGCCCACAAGCCGUGCACGGGGUGAUCCCACGCGCCCUCGUAAAGAUCGAGCCGGGGUACGACAACGCCCAAGAACAUCAAUCCCAAGACGACACCGACACCACCACGCAAUCCACCUCUGGCAAAACCGCCGAACGCAUCAUCACCUCCAAUUCCUCCUCCAGUUCAUCCUUCAAAGAAUCCGCCUACGGCACCACCACCAUCGUCGCAGACAUGCACACGCGCAAACGCCUGAUGGCAACAAAGGUCGCCGAGGGCGGGCCGGGCAGCGGGUUCGUGGCGCUGGCGGGCGGGUUCGGCACGAUCGAGGAAGUCAUGGAGAUGACGACGUGGAAUCAGCUGGGGAUUCAUCGGUUGGGGGUGGUGCUGUUGAAUGUCGAUGGGUAUUGGGAUGGGUUGUUGCAGUGGGUGCGCAAGGCGGUCCAGGAGGGGUAUAUUGGCGAGGAGAAUGGGAGGAUCCUGGUUGAGGCGCGGGAUGUGGCUGAUGUUUGGCCGCGGUUGGUGGGGUAUCAGGUUAGUAAUGGGAGGAUGAGGUUGAAUUGGGGGGAGGAGUGAAUAUUACUAUUAAUGUGAAUGAAUUAGGAGAAAGGGGGCGUAGGUAUGGUAGUGUAGAGAGUGGGGUGGUUGAUAGAUGAUGGGAUGGACACAUUCAUAUGCGGAGAUAGAGUUCAUGAAGUAUAAUAGUACAUAUACAUAUCCCGG